UCCGCCCAUUUGCAGACGUCACAGCAGAAGUGUGACAAAUGGCUACGGCAUCUGCGCAGUGUCCCUGGACGUUUUCCGUGCGUAAGACGUUAGUAGGUUUACAACAAUAGGAGUGAGACGUCGCCGCGCGGCGAAGAUGCGCGCUUGCGCAUUUUUGGCGGGUGGAUGCCAGCCUCAAUUGAUCUCUCGAUCACGUAAUUAUUGCAGCGUUUCUCUUUCUCCGCACAUCUGUAACCCGAGACAUGACUGAACUACGUGUAGAGGCGAAACAUUCGACGACGGAUGGAGGCGCAUGGCUCCUCGUACUGAGCUCCGUGUUCUUAUGCAACCUCCUCAAAAUCCUCCUGCCCUCCUGCUCUUCCAUUAUAUCUAGGUUGCUACAAAAGGAUGCUGAGCAGGAAUCAGAAAUGCGAUCUGAAAUUCAGAACAUGAAGCAAGAACUUUCUACAAUUAGUAUGAUGGAUGAAUUUGCCAGAUAUGCUCGACUAGAAAGGAAAAUUAAUAAAAUGACUGAUAAGCUUAAGACUCAUGUGAAAACACGAACUGCUCAACUAGCCAAAAUAAAGUGGGUAAUAAAUAUUGUGUUCUACAUUUUGCAAGCUGCCUUAAUGAUCUCACUAAUUUGGAAAUAUUACUCUGAACCAGUUACUGUGCUCCCAAGCAAAUGGCUAGCCCCUUUAGAACGUUUAGUAGCUUUUCCGACAGGAGUGGCAGGUGGUGUUGGAAUUACAUGUUGGUUGGUGGUUUGCAACAAAGUUGUCGCUAUUAUGCUUCACCCAUUCAGCUGAAAAAGAAACAAGUCUCACUUUCAGCAAUUUUGAACUCCGUCGUUUUUUUCCCCCAGUAUGCUGCUAUGACAGGAGAUAAAUAUCAGUGUGAAAGACUACAAGGGUGCAGCUUUUAAGAUAAAAUAAUAAAACAAAUAUUUAAAAAUAUUGUCUUCACUUUUAUGGAAUGAACAGUAUUUGUGAAUGUGCAACUCCUUAAUUCUUGUUCACUUUAUAGGCUGAAUAUUCGAUUAUUUAAAUAUAACUUCUGUUACAAUCAACGAGUUGUGCUUGUUAUAAUACAGUAAUUUCCUUCCAUUGUUAGAUGAUGUGUAGGAUAUAUAUUGAAUAUGAAAUGUUAUUGUGCUUGACUUUAUAUUUUUUUAUUAAUAUUCUCAUCUGUUCUUCCUCUCAGAGCACAGUUUGCAAAAGAAAAAGAAAAAUAGUCAAAAUCAUUUCAGGAAAACAACAGUACUUAAAAAUAAUAAAUAUAAAAAUGAAAAACAUUUUGAAGAAUUUUUUCCACUUAGAAUAUAAAAGGCUUACUUCAAGAAUUUUAAGUUUAUAAUGUAUAUUCUUUGGUACAUUAUCUUAUCUGCACUUUUUUUCAUUUUGCAUUUUGCGCAU